AUGGGGACCAAUCUGGAGGUGAAAGAAAAUGAGGAUGAGAAAAACCAAAGAGAUCAUGACAUCUUAAGAAAGUGUCGCCCUUCAGCUCUUUGUACAAACAUCUACACGACUGCACCACGAGCGCUGAAGAGGAAGCCGUCUCUGGUGGCCGGAAAAGAUCAUCAGAGCCAGUUUGCCUGUAAAAGAUCAUCCUGGGCAGUCACGCAGAAGAAUGCUUUAGUCCAUUUAAACGAGUUAAAACCAGGUCUUCGAUAUGAGAUUGUGUCAAAAACUGGUCCUCUACACGCCCCAGUGUUUUCUGUUGGUGUGGAAGUUAACGGGUUCCACUUUGAGGGUUUUGGCUCCACAAAAAAGCAGGCCAAGAUGCGGGCUGCAGAACUGGCUCUGCAGUCUUUCAUCCAGUUCCCAAACGCCUCGCAGGCCCAUGCAGUCAUGGGGAACUUCACCAACACACAUGUGGAUUUUGCUGCAGAUAAACUAAACAUUUCUGACACUUUCCCGACAGAGUUUAAACCCUCUGUUUUUGAAACCUGUGAUCUCUUGCAUUGGAACACAAAGAAGGAGAUUUUGAACAGUAUCUGCAACCACAAGCAACUUAUUGGGUUCACUCUGGACUUGAUUUCUUCUGCAAACCCAAAAGGACAAAGCUUUAGCACCUUGCUGUUAGAGCACCUCAGCCCAGUGGCACUGCUCAGUGUUCUUCGACCAGAGCUCAGGUUCAUGUGUCUGACAGAAAGAGUUCACGGCAGGCCCAAGAGGAACUUCAUUAUGGUGCUCAGAUUUGAAGGAAAGCUGUUUGAAGGUUGUGGUCCCAGCAAAAGACUUGCCAAAGAGCGGGCAGCGGCAGCAGCUUUGGAUUCUCUUUACAGAAUCAGUCUGGGACCAGAAAGGAAGAUGAUGGGAGUCCAGAACUGUAAUAGUCAGUUACCUCAGCUCUACAUCUAG